AUGCAUAGCAAGCGUCAAAGUAAAGGAAGUAUUGAUUUUGACUUCUGGGGUGCAGGUAAAAGUUCAUGUUCUGAGCAUAAUAGAAAUGAGUUUCACUUCGAAGAACAGGUUGGUGAUGGAAUUGGCGCUUACUCCCCGCCUUUGUGGAAGGCAAAUGGUUCGAAAAUCAGUGCAUAUGAAUCUUCUCCUUUGCUUCCCUGCAACCAUCAAUACAGUAAUCUGUCACCGCGGAUACGGUCGCAGGCAAUUGCAGAAGGCAGAAAGGAGCUGAUGGAGAUGAUUCAUAACAUGCCCGAGUGGAGUUAUGAACUCUCAUUGAAAGAUAUUGUCGACGAGCAACAAACACAGCAAGAGGUCAAGCAUGAGACAGUGAUUGAUGAGAGAAGUUGCUGUUUUGAGAAUGAAGGCGAAACCAAGAAACUGCAGAAGAAGAACAAGAAAAGGAGCAUCAAGUCGGCUGAGAUUUUGAGGAGUGAAAGCAUGGAGAAGGAAACAUUCUUAAUCAAGAUGUUCUUUCCAAUAUCUUUUUGUUCGAAAAAGAAAGCAAACGUCAGAAAUCGGGCCAAGGUUUCUCCAAGGUCAUCACUUGACAUAUCUGAGAAUCAACCUGAUAAAGAGCAGUGGAUCAGAAAGAGAUUUGUGGCAGGAGAGAAUAAACCGACUGUUGUCAAACAUUUCAGCAGCAGCAACAGUAGCACAAGCAGCAAGCUGAGAGCAAAUUUUCAUCUGGUUGCUGGCCCUUUUUUCACACCAAGACAAGCAAAACCCGGAGGCCGAGAGGAUGCAUCUUCUGAAUGA